GAGUCAUGGAGCUCGGAUGUUUAUCGAUUGAUUUAUUCAUUUUCUAUUACAUGCAAUGUUCGUUUAUAAUUGAAGAUCACUUUAACUAUAAAUUAUUUGAAACAAAAAUAUACAAACUAUUAUUGUUUUUACUCAAUAAUAACAGUAAUACAGAUAAAUAGUGUGUACUUUACGUUAAUUGUUAAUACAGGACAUUAUUUUUUAUGAACGUGAAAAAAUUGAGAAAUUAUAGUAAAAAUUUUGAUUUUAUUUAAACAAAACGAUUUAAAAAUUGAAUUGAGUCAAAAACAAGAUGAGGACAAAGUUACUGGUAUUCCUUCUGGUAGUAUGCGUAUUGACUGCUGUAGUGGAAAGUAGGCGUUAUCGUUACGGACGUCGAAAUAAUCGUUACAGAGGAAGAGGUUUAUUCUGGAGACUAAGACAUGGUUGGGGUUGGCGCUUUUGGAGAAAUCCUUUUGCUUUCAGAAGAAAAAGCAUAAUUCCACCAACUAUAAUAGGAGUGGGUACAGGGGGUAUUAACAAAUUACAAGACAUAAAUCUAUUGAGUGGACUUAAUAUGAGUAUUAUAAAUGGAAUGCUUAGCAUGGACAAUAUACAAAGUGAUGGAUUUAUUAAAUUCGACCCCUUAACUCUCACCUUGUUCCUCACAAAGCAAAUCAACUUUUUCAAAGAUAAGAUUCUCUUCAUGUACGAUGAUUUUGAGAAACCAUUUAAACUCAAGUUGGAACUUCCUGAUAUUAAUUUGCUCAACAUUCGACCGAAUUUAGAUGAGAAGGUGACAUUUGCUUUGUUCGAUAAAACAGAUGGAAAUAAUAGUUUUGAUGUGCUGAAAGUUGAUAAUGAGGAUGUUUUGAGUAAAAGUCGAUUCGAUAAAAAUCGACCUACCGUUUUUAUUACUCAUGGAUUUAUGGCAUCCGCCAAUGGCACAUCAGUAACACUGGUUAGAGACGCUUAUUUGAAUAAACAAGACUAUAAUGUCAUCACCGUCAACUGGAGUCCUCUGUCAGUUGGGUCCUACACGAUAGCAAGACUAAUGGUCAUUUCAGUUGGGAACCAUUUGGGAAAAUUAAUCAACUUCUUAUACAAACAUGGAAUGAAUCCGAAUACAACAAUUUUGGUUGGUCACUCUCUGGGUUCGCAUGUCAUGGGAUUCGCGGGUCAAACUGCGACUCCGAAUGUCAAUCAUACGAUAGGAUUAGAUCCAGCUUGGCCUCUCUUCGUGGGGCUGACCAAUAAUCAAAGAAUUUCUAAUGAUGAUGCUCAUAAUGUGGAAAUAAUUCAUACCAAUGGUGGCCUACUGGGAACUCCAACAGUGACAGGUGACUAUGAUUUCUACCCAAAUGGUGGAUCCUUCCAAAAUGGUUGCAGUGGCGAAUAUUUCACAGCGUGCUCGCAUGGUCGAUCUUACAAAUAUUUAUCCGAACAAAUACAAGGCGAAGGUAAAAAUUUUCUUGCCGUGCAAUGUGAUUCCUAUAAAAAGUUUAAGAAAGGCGAAUGUUCAAAUAAUACAAAUACAGCAAUUAUGGGUGCUUUGGAUAUAAUGAACAAUCAAAGAGGAUCUUAUUACCUCAACACAAAUGACAAAUCACCAUUUGGUUUGGGUUUUUUGCUCAGAGGUUAAAUAUUAAUUAAUUCAUAAUUUUAAUUCUUAUUCUUAUUCUCUUAAUUCUAUUGUUAGAAGAGUUGCUAAUAAAUGAAAAGAUAAAUAAAAAAAAAUGUGGAAAUGUAAAAAUAAAAAAAUGGAAAUGUAAAAAUUAAAAAAAAUGUUCCUGUUUUGUAAAAUAAGGUUAAAAAUUGAGAAAUACUGAAAAUUACUUGAAAAUGCGAUCCUCGGGGGAUCGCAUUUGCGAGUAGCUAAUGUAUCAUUUGUCCUUCAAUUGAAAUCAAGUGAUUGAAUCUCGAAUGAGUCAACUCAUAUAAGACAAACCCUCAGGGUAUUCCCCUAUAAUAGAAGACAUGAUAGUAUUUACAAUAAGUAAUCUUUUAGUUACGUAUUUUUUCUUCAAUGAAUAUGAGAAUUUUUUUCUUUAAUAUUAAUAUUAUCAUCUUCUAUUAUCAGUUUAUCACUAUAUUAUUUUGUGUAGAAGAAAUAAAAUAUUUAAUUAUCAGAUUUGGUCUUUAAACCUUUCUAAAAAUUGCGGUUCUUAAAUUCGACCUUCACGUCGUCUUGGCUGGAAAUUCAUUAAAUGAUGAAUAAAUUAGCAUAAAAAUUCAAAAGAAACGUGUAUACUUUUGAAAGAAUAAAAUUUUUAUUUUCGGAAGUGAUUUUCAAGGCAAAACUAAACUAAUUUUUUUCUUCUCUGUUUUUUGAAAAUUGAAAGAAAUUUCCUAAAAUUGAUGAAAAAGUCAUCUUCAUUCUAGAUUAGAACUGCAAUUUUCAUAAAUAAAGCAACAAAACAAAGUCCAAUUAAGAUUAACUGAAAAAACGUCGCUAUAAUCUAAACUUUAAUGUAUCAAUAAAAAUUUACCUUGAAUAGAUUAA